CAUCUCCAUUUUUCUCGCUCUCCACACAAGUUAUCCAUCCAUGGCUACCAUAAUUGCUGCAACUUCCAAAAUUGGAAUUCAAUGGAAUUUCGAAGCUCCAAAGCACCACUUCUUCAACAGUUGUAUCAACUUCUCUCUUUCAAUUCCCUAUAAUUCAAGCCCUAAUUUCACUUAUCACAAGCUAUCAUCACAUACAAUGCCGGUCAAUUCAUUCCGAGUCAACGCUUCCGGUGCUAUCGUUUCAUUUUCUCAGUCUUACUUAUUGGUUCCUGAAGAUGCUCCAAGUGAAGAAGUGGAGGCUUCUUCUAGGGGGGGCAUUGUAGCAAACGACUUGUUAAUUAUAGGACCUGGAGUUCUUGGGCGUUUAGUGGCUGAAAGAUGGAGAGAGGAAUACCCAGGCAGUAGGAUUUUUGGGCAGACAAUGACAACCGAUCACCAUGAUGAACUUAUUAAAAUGGGAAUUAGUCCAUCUUCGAGAGAGACCAAGUUUACGUCUAAGUUCCCAUAUGUUAUAUACUGUGCUCCUCCAUCCCGGACUGAAGACUACCCUGGUGAUGUUAGGGACGCUGCAUUAAGAUGGAGUGGUGAAGGUUCUUUCUUAUUUACCUCAAGCUCUGCACCAUAUGACUGCUCUGAUAAUGGAUCAAUAGAUGAGGAUGGUCCCAUAGUCCCAAUUGGAAGGAGCCCAAGGACUGAUAUACUUAUCAAGGCAGAAAAAGUAGUGCUGGAAUUUGGUGGUUGUGUUGUUAGAUUGGCGGGUCUUUAUAAGGAAGACAGAGGUGCACACACUUAUUGGUUACAUAAAGGAACUGUGGAUAUUCGAUCUGAUCACAUCCUCAAUCUUAUCCAUUAUGAGGAUGCUGCCUCCUUGUCAGUGACCAUCUUGAAGAAGAGGCUCCGCAGUCGGAUUCUUUUAGGUUGUGACAACCACCCCUUAUCCAGCAGGCAGGAUUUAAUGGACUUGGUCAAUAAAAGUGGAAAGUUUGAGAAAAAGUUUGAGGGUUUUACUGGAACUAUUGGCCCUCUAGGGAAGAAGUUAAACAAUUCAAAGACUCGUGCUGAACUAGGAUGGGAGCCUAAAUAUCCAAGCUUCGCUCAGUUCCUUGGAGUUUCAGAUGAAACUGCUGCAGGAGCUCUAUUCUUUUGAAUUAUAGAAGAAAUGCAGCUGAACUAUUUUAGCAGAGUUAUCUUUUAAUGCGGCAUGUAUGUUGUGCAGAUAUUCCGUGUGUAACAGAAUUCUGAGUUUUGGUUUGUGUGUACUGUCUCCACUGUGAUUUGAUGUUAGGAAAGGAUGGUUGUCUUUGUCAAUUACUACUGAGAUGUUUAUAA